AUGAAGACGACCAGUCAUGACUUUUGGGCCAAUUCCAGACCCGAUGGGCCAUCUAGUUUUUCAGGCCCACAAUGCAGUUGGGGACCGUCGAAUGUGAUGAAUGUCAAAAGAGGAAACGGCUAUUCUUCUCGCUCAAGUGACCCUAAUGUUGGACCUCGACCUGGAACUAGUUAUGAUCCAUUCAAGCAAAUUAGAAGUCCGAUGGCUUCAAUUUUGGAAGCACAAACUUGUGUGGUGCUACCAACGGAGCCAUUCAUACCCGUGGCGAAUGUUGUGAGGAUCAUGCAGCGUGUGGUACAGACACAUGGCAAGAUCGUUGAUGAUAUGAAGGAGAUUGUUCAACAUUGUGUCUCGGAAUUCAUUGGUGUGAUCAAUGUCGAAGCUAACAUGCAUUGUCAGAGCGAGAGUCGUAGAAAGAUUACCGCCGAUGACAUUAUGUGA